AUGUCCUCAGUCUUCCGGAGCGAGGAGAUGAGCCUGAUGCAGCUCUUCCUGCAGGUGGAGGCUGCCUACUGCUGCGUGGCCGAGCUUGGGGAGCUGGGUCUGGUCCAGUUCCGAGACCUGAAUGCAAAUGUGAACAGCUUCCAGAGAAAGUUUGUGAAUGAAGUGAGAAGGUGCGAAUCCUUGGAGAGGAUCCUGCGUUUUCUGGAGAAUGAGAUGGAAGACAAUGUUGAGAUAGUCAAACUAGAGAAGUACCCAGAGACUCCCCUGCCUCGGGAAAUGAUUGAUAUGGAGACAGUGCUGGAGAAACUUGAAGCCGAGCUGCUGGAAGCCAACCAGAACCAGCAAACGCUGAAGCAGAACUUCCUUGAGCUUACGGAGCUCAAACAUCUGUUGAAGAAAACCCAGGACUUCUUCGAGGCAGAAACCAAUCUGCCAGAUGAUUUCUUCAGUGAAGACACAUCUGGACUGCUGGAGCUGAGAAGCACUCCUGCUGCUGCAGCUGCCAAGUUGGGAUUCACAGCAGGGGUAAUAAAGAGGGAAAGGAUGAUACCCUUUGAGCGUUUACUGUGGCGAGCCUGCCGGGGAAACAUUUACCUGAGGUACACCGAAAUGGACACCCCCCUGGAGGACCCUGUGACGAGAGAAGAGGUGAAGAAGAAUGUGUUCAUUAUCUUCUAUCAAGGAGAGCAGCUUAAACAAAAAAUCAAGAAGAUUUGUGAUGG